AUGAGUGGUACAGAUGAAGAUAAAUUCUACAAUGAGAGUGACAAUAAACACAGAGUGAAAGACUACGAGGAAGACGAACACUCAGAGGACAACGAAGUUGAUUUUAGCAAUGAAGACGAAGUAGAACACUCUGAAGAAAAAGAAGAAGAAGAAGAAGAAGACAACAAUAAUAGUAAUAAUCAGCUGGAAAUUGCCGGAAAUGAAAAUAUAGAUCAAAUUAGUAGUGAUCAAAUUAGCAAUAACAACAAUCCGAACCAAAUAAUAAAUCCGGAUAUUUUGCAAACCAGCAGUGGUUGUGUUGGUGGUGAAAAUCAAUCAUCAACACCAACACAAAUUCAAUCAAACAACAACAACAACAACAACAACCAAAAUAAUAAUAAUGAUAACAGUAGCAACAGCAGUAGCAGCAGCAAUAACAAUGAUAACAAUGGUGAGGAUCCAGAUUUGGAUGCUCUCACCAAUUUAAUUAUAAACAACAUACCGAAACAUUUCUCAUCUGAAGAUCUACGUGAUAUGUUUGCAAACUUUGGAGAGAUCGUCUCUUACAAGGUGGUAACGAAGCGUGGUAACUCCAAGAAUAUGGGAUACGGUUUUGUCAAGUAUGCCACUCCCGAGGGUGCAACGGCUGCAAUCGAGCAGAUGAACGGUCACUCUAUCGAUCUCAAGUUCCUCAAGGUGAGCUACGCAACGGCUACAUCGUCGCAGUCGACACAUGCCAAUCUCUACGUCAAUCGACUGGAGCCACAAGUGACAAAAGAGGAUUUGGCCGAGGCAUUUUCAAAGUUUGGCGAGGUUGUCGAAACGAAAAUUCUUGUCGAUCCAAACACUGGAUCCAGUCGAUGUGUCGGUUUCGUUCAUUUUUCAGCACGUCGCAAUGCACUCACUGCAUUGUCGGCUAUGAACGGCGCCAACAUACCUUGUCAAACCGGGCCAAUAUAUGUGAAAUUCGCAGAUCAAAAAGAUGAAAAUAAUAGUUUAAAUAAUAGUAGUAAUAAUAUAAAUAAUAAUAAUAAUAAUAAUAGUAGCAACAAUAAUAAUGGUAAUAAUAAUAAUAGUAUAAAGAAUAAGUUUAAUAAAAACAAUAAUAAUAAUAAUAAUAAUAAUAAUAAUCAAAAUAAUAGAAACUAUAGAAAUAAUAAUAAUAAUAAUAAUAAUAGGAAUAAUAAUAAUAAUCGAAAUAAUAAUAAUAAUAAUAAUCAAAAUAAUUUUAAUAAUAAUAAUAAUAAUGAAUUUAAUGAUAAUAUGAACAAUGGAUUCAAUAAUAAUGGCAAUGGAAAUAAUAGCUUCAAUAAUAAUAAUAAUAAUGGUUUCAACAAUAAUAAUAGUGGCAAUUUCAAUAAUCAAAAUAACCACCACAAUAGCAAUUUUAUGAACAAUCAAAAUAUGAAUAACUUUUCGAAUAACAAUAGCAAUGCUUUUGGAAUGUCCUAUAAUAUGGGAUACAUGGGCAAUGUCUAUAGAAAUACAGGAAAUCAAUCGAGAUACGACCCGAUCGGACGAAACUUUUCGUCGAUGCAGCAACAAGCAGCAGCACAGCAACAAGCCGCAGCACAGCAAUCACCUUAUUUUUCAUAUUAUACUCCUCAAAUGGCUGCACUACAGUCACAAAUGAUGAACGGUAUCUAUCAUUUACCUUCUUCUCACUCGAUAAUAACAACAUCAUCUUCACCUCAUCUAUCAUCAUCAUCAUCGACAUCUACACCCUCAUCAUCUUCUUCAUCAUCAUCCUAUCAAUCAUCAUCAUCACCAUCACCACAACAAUAUCACCACCAACUUUUACUCAACAAUAAUAAUAAUGGAUGGAUAUAA